CUGGAGACUGAAGAGCCGGAGCGGAGGCGCCGCUCCUCCGACGCGCGGGAGGAGAAAAAGUCAUCAUAAGUUUGGUGUCUUAGAAUUAUGGAAUCAAUCUCUAUGAUGGGAAGCCCUAAGAACCUCAAUGAAACUUUUCUACCAAACGUGGCCAAUGGCAUCAAGGAUGCCAGUAAGAUCACAGUAGGCAUCAUUGGAAGUGGAGACUUCGCAAAAUCAUUGACCAUUCGGCUGAUCAGAUGUGGGUACCAUGUUGUUGUAGGAAGCAGAAACCCUAAACUUGCUGCAGAGUUCUUUCCCCACGUGGUUGAUGUCACUCACCAUGAAGAUGCAGUAACAAAAACAAACCUCAUUUUUGUAGCUAUUCAUAGAGAACACUACACGUCUUUGUGGGACCUCAAGCAUUUACUCGUUGGUAAAAUUCUGGUUGAUGUCAGCAACAAUACAAGAGUAGACCAAUAUCCAGACUCCAAUGCAGAGUAUUUGGCAUCACUUUUCCCAGAUUCUCUAGUUGUCAAAGGAUUCAAUGUUGUUUCAGCUUGGUCACUCCAGUUAGGACCAAAGGAUGCCAGCAGACAGGUCUAUAUAUGCAGUAACAAUGUUCAGGCUCGCCAUCAAGUUACUGAGCUUGCUCGUCAGCUCGGUUUUAUUCCUAUUGAUUUGGGGGCAUUGUCAUCUUCAAGAGAGAUUGAAAACUUACCUCUGCGACUCUUCACACUGUGGAAGGGGCCUGUAGUGAUUGCCAUUAGUCUGGCAACAUUUUUCUUCAUUUAUUCCUUCAUCAGAGACGUAAUCCAUCCAUAUGUGAGAAAUCAACAGAGUGACUUUUACAAGAUCCCCAUUGAGAUUGUCAAUAAGACUCUACCAGUUGUUGCCAUCACGUUGCUCUCUCUAGUGUAUUUGUCAGGACUUAUUGCAGCCUCUUACCAGCUUUACUACGGCACUAAGUACAGGCGAUUUCCACCUUGGCUGGACAACUGGCUGCAGUGUCGAAAGCAGCUUGGACUGCUCAGCUUUUUCUUUGCAGUGGUGCACGUGGCAUACAGCCUUUGCUUACCUAUGAGGAGAUCAGAGCGAUACUUGUUCCUCAAUAUGGCGUAUCAACAGGUUCAUGCAAAUGUUGAAAAUUCUUGGAAUGAAGAAGAAGUGUGGCGAAUUGAAAUGUAUCUCUCCUUUGGAAUAAUGAGUCUUGGGUUGCUUUCUUUGCUGGCAGUAACUUCUAUCCCUUCAGUCAACAAUGCCUUAAACUGGAGGGAGUUCAGUUUUAUUCAGUCUACACUUGGAUAUGUUGCUCUGCUCAUAAGUACUUUCCACGUACUGAUUUAUGGAUGGAAAAGAGCUUUUGAAGAAGAAUGUUACAGGUUUUACACACCACCAAAUUUUGUUCUUGCCCUUGUUCUGCCUUCCAUUGUAGUUCUAGGUAAGAUCAUUUUACUUCUGCCAUGUGUAAGUAGGAAACUAAGGAGAAUUAGAAGAGGAUGGGAGAAAAGCCAUGCAAUAGAAGAAACAAGUGGGUCCAUUCCACAUUUCUCUCCAGAAAGAAUAACUGUGAUGUGAUGGUGGACUACAUUUUGUUAGUACUACUGAAGAUGUUUGGGUUUUCCUCGUUGUGUUUUUUUUUGUCUUGUAUUUUCAGGAGUUUAUGUAAUGUAUGUGUAAAUCAGUGUGGACUUGCUUGGCAUACAUACAAGCCCUCAGUGGAUUUAUGAGAAAUUGAUAACUAGGAAAUUGCUAUUUUGGAUAUCUACAAAAAUACUUUGUUUUGAAUUACAGAGGGCAGAUAAUCAUGAAAUCAGAUUUAUUUUAAUGCUCCUUUGCACAAUUGUAUCACAACAGUAUUUUGUUGUAACAAUGCUUGUGAGAUAUUUCUUUGACUUAGUGUGUCAGAGUGCUAUGUCUUAAUACCGUACUUUACCACAUCUGUCAUUUAAACCACACUUCUGGGUUACUGAGUUCAGAAUAUUGAGUUAAUAUUGAGAAUAUAGAGUUAAUAAUUUAGGAAGCAUCCAGAUUUUGAAGCAACUGAAAUUAAUUUGUAACAUGUUGCACAUGUACAGUGUAUUCAUUUUUGUGGUUUUCAAAUAUUCCAUGAUUUAAAUAUGCAAAACCAGUUUCAGAUGUGGCCUAAUUAUGCAUCUUGUAAGCAGACAGUAUUGUACCUUAUGGGACUUUUUUAAAGAGAAUCGCAUGGAAUUUUAAACCUUAGCAUCUCUUUCUGUAUGUCAUAUGAGUCACCAAAGCAUUAUUAUGCACGAGUAGGAGGACUUGCAGAUAUGUAUGCAAGCAACUAUUUCUCGAUGGAAUAAUUAUUUUAAAAUACCAGAAAAUAUUUUAAAACAAAAAUACUGAUAAAUCUGCAACAAUAAAAAUCCACUUUCUCUGUGAAACUUCCAGUAUGUUAGUACAACAAGGAAGCACCACAUUACUCAUGUUCUAUAUGUUUUUACAUUGGAGUUUCAGUUACAUAUGAAUGUCCCACA